GGCGGCUCUGGCGGCGGUCGGGGCGCUGCGGUCCGCCCGCGCGGCUCGGCCGUCAGAGCGCGGCGGCUGUGGCGAGAGGCGGCGCCAUGGGGGUACACGGCGUCAAAGCGGUGUUCUUCGACUUGGACAACACACUGGUCGACACGGCGGCGGCCGGGCGGCGGGCCAUCGAGGAGGUGAUAAGCGCCUUGCAGUCCAAGCACCACUACGGCGAGGGGGAAGCCCGCGUCAUCUGCGAUAAGGUGCAGGCUAAGCUGCUGAAGGAGUGCCACGAUCCCGCCAAGAUGUGCAUCACUGACCUGCGGAUUUCGCACUGGGAGGAGGCGAUCCAAGAGACCAUCGGGGGGGAGGCGAACCGAAACCUGGCCGCCGAGUGCUAUUUCCUGUGGAAAACGACCCGCCUCCAGCACCUCACCCUGGCUGAGGACACGCGGGGCAUGCUUACCGAGCUGCGGAAAUGUGUCCGCCUGCUGCUCCUCACCAAUGGCGACAAGCAGACGCAGAGGGAGAAGAUCGAAGCGUGCGCCUGUCAGCCCUACUUCGAUGCCAUCGUUGUGGGGGGAGAGCAGAAGGAAGAGAAGCCGGCGCCGUCCAUCUUCCAUUACUGUUGCGAUCUCCUAGGGGUGCAGCCCGCAGAGUGUGUUAUGGUUGGUGACUCUCUAGAUACAGAUAUUCAAGGAGGCCUGAAUGCUGGCUUGAAAGCAACUGUCUGGUUAAACAAAGCAAUGACCACCCCAGUAGAUACCUCCCCUGUACCUCAUUAUAUUAUUUCUUCUGUUCUGGAUCUUCCAGCAGUUUUACAGAAGAUGGAGCACAAAAUUAAUGCUAAGUUAGGAAAUGACCGUAUGACUGGUAGUAACGAGGCACAAUGAUGGUUCGGGUUUACAAUCGGGGACAUGCUGAGCUGUUGGGUGACGCAUGCUCUUUUAAAAAGGUUGACCCUAGGAUUUUGAACUUGUGUAUGGUGUGCUUUCUUACAUAGCAGACAGGCAAGUAGGAGCACAGUUGUCAGUGAAAACAGGAUAGAAACAAUUAAUUUGAUUAAUAUAAAAUAUGCAAGUGCAGUUAAUUUAAAACAACUGGCUCUAUCUGGAAAUUAUUUUGACAGACCAUGCCUAAAUUCUGCCUGUCUCUGACCUAAGUUGCCAGUCUCUUUGUUUUAUAGUGGAAAAGAAAAUGUGAAUGUUUUGAUAUUUCACAUGCUUUGCUGACUUGUAAGUUUAGCAGAAGCUUCAGUUCCAACCUUGUUUGCAGUGUGUAAAAGAGAGAGAGAGAGAGUGUGGCACAAGUCUGGUAAAUCUUUGCAAUUGCUCUGCAGUUUAUCUCAGGAACUGGAGUGAAUUUUGCUGUUUCUAAAACCAGACUAUAUUGACAGAGUGUAUUAUGUAUCAAACCAUUAGAAAAUGCUCUAUCUUUGAUAUUUUUUCAAGUGUUAGAUUUUUUUUUCAGACUUUGCAGUGACUUUUCUUUUAUGGAAUCUGUACCUCUUACCAAAAGUACUUAAAUGUACAUUAAAAAUUUGCAUUUGUAUAGGGGACCGUUUAUCAGAUGGACUUGAUGGAUAAGUUUUUACUUUAUAUUAUCAUGGUGCUUAAGCAGAUCUGGAGUAUAUUGCAAUUCAGGUUAUGGUUUUUGUUGGAAUGUAAGUGAUAAAAUGGAUAUUGUCAAUGGUCUUACUGUACUGUCAUACUCUUUAAAAGGUAAUAUUAUUGUUCUGUCUGAUUUUAUUAGUGGAUUUUCACCAGUCUUUUUGGAGAAACCAUUCUUGGACUUGCUCAGGUACAUGACUACUCAGAUUCAACUGCAGGAUCAGUGGGUUUUUUUGACUUUUAAUGGCACUGGUGUACAAUCCCACCUUACUCCAGUUUCUACAUGUAUUUCAUGUGAUUUAUUCUGGAAAAAAAUAUGAGAUGGUUGUUCAUAAAUGGCUUUCAUGACUCUUCCAGGAAACUUGAAAAUUGUGUCAUUAUGUGUUAUGGUACUGUGUACAACUUUAUAAUAUGUAUGUUGUAUUUCCACUAGCAGCAGGAGAUGACUCCCUAAAACAUUAAGAUUUCUGUUAACCAAUCAUUAUCUUAAUAAUUUAUUCUUUUCUGUACUUAAUAUUCUUACUGGGAAAGUAUUCACAUAUUAAAUGGAAAUGUAAACACUUGUUGGAAAACCUGUGUUUUUCAAAACCUAUUUGCUGUAUAUUCAUUGGGCUGGAUAUCUGACCCUAUAUGAGCAGUCAUGUUUUAUGUUUUAGACUGAAUCCGUGAAAAAUCUUUUGAGAACAGGAAUAUGGAGGUGCUGGCACAGAGUAUCUGGCAUGUGGGCAGCAAUAAAAGAUUAGAAAAAAGUACAGAAACUUACCAGGAAAUGGGUGUGCAGUAGGAAUUCUGUACACAAGAUAGGUUUCUUUGUUCAACUGGACAUGAAUUUGAGUUAAUGUAGUUAAGUUUUACAUACAAUGGCCAGUUUAGUUUAGAGGAGACCGUUACUGAUCUGUGUUAAAUUAUUUCGCAAAGAGUUUAGGUUGCAUCAAAAUGCGUUGCACUGACAUUGAGGGAAGAAAAAAAAUCCUUAAUGUCUGAACUCCUUUCAUUCAAUUGGUCCUUAAAAAAAGGUAAAGGAGCCCAGGUUCUUCAUAUUCUCUAGACUAGACCUUUGAGACAUUAAGAUCAAUGAAGAGAACAGAGGCAGGCCCCACCCAUACCUUAGAGGAAAUGGGCACGUUAGAAAUGAUCCAGUUACAGUGGGGUAGUAAGUUGCCACAUAUAACACCAGCCAGUUGACUGACACACCUUUGUUAUUGAAUUCAGAGGCCUAAGUUAAGUUUGUAUUUUGCAAAAGCAUAAAACCAGUUACUGGUUUAGGUGGUGGGCAAAGGGUUGCUAGUAACAAUCCUAUAACCAAGGGCUGAGAGAAAAAACAGUGAAGGUUUCCUAUAUCCUAUGAGGUAUACUGUGUAAAAAUAAGAAGUAUAUUCAGGAGAGUAGACGGAUCCCUGAAAAGGUAUUUGAAAUAAUCAGUUUUAACCAUACUGUCUAAUACAAAAGCAAGAGUUUUGCUUACAACAGUAUCCCAAAGGAGCUGCAUUGUUUGCACAGCACAAAGUAAUAGAAGUUAGGUCAGAGUGAGGUUUUUGAUUCAGUUGAGAUUUAAAAUAAAUACUACUGAUUCAUAA